GACGAACCUACGUGAAAAAACAAUAAAACCUUUAGUCAUAAAUCAACUUAAAUGUUAAAGACUAAACCAAGUCAAUAUUAACUUAGAAGCUGGUUUGCAACGCAUCUGGAUUAUUUGUUUAUUGUGUUUUAAUAAUGAAGUGCCCAGUGUGUAACAAAGAAGUUUACUUCGCUGAACGCAUUGAAACACUGGGUAAGGACUGGCAUCGCAGCUGUUUAAAGUGUGGAAGAUGUUACAGAUCGAUUACACCAGGUUAUCAUUGCAAGCGUAAUGGCCGAAUUUAUUGUUAUAAACCUUGUUACAUGACUCUGUAUGGACCAAGAGAUAACACCUAUGCAUCAUGGCGCUGGAACAGUAAAGUAGGAAUCUCUUCCUAUUAUGCUAAGUGCUACAACUUUGGAAUUAGCUUCUCUUUCACACUUGAGAAGCGAACAAAGAUCGACAGUCAAAAGGGACGGUGGAUCCACCAAUUCCUCAAAACUGUUAUAACCCGAUGAAAACUAUAAGUGGUAGAUUUUGAGAACUAUUUAUGGACCAAUACAAUGCAUAUAUUUUUAUUGUAUAGUUGUUAUGUAACUAAACUAUGCAUAUUCAAUUUCCUCCUAUUAUAAGC